AUGCCUGGGGGGAGCUUAUUGUCAUGUGUUUGUUGUCUUUCACCGUGGUUGUGUUGUUCUCCAAGGCUUGGCUCACUGACCACAUCGUCGAGCAUGGGAGCCUUGUCCGCCGUAUUGGGAUCCCACUCAGAACCAAUCAAGAACUCCUUGUUAGCCCCGCUAAGCGCCCUCAUGACGUUCCGGUACUUGAGAUUUGGAUGAAACCCAACAACUAUGGCUACUAUCAGUGUAUUCAACGACCAAGAAACCGUUUCAGGAAUGGUACUAAUUCAGAUGGUUACCUUCUAGUUCAUGCAAAUGGUGGACUGAAUCAAAUGAGAAUGGGGAUAAGUGACAUGGUUUCUGUGGCAAAAAUGAUGAAUGCCACCCUAGUUCUCCCUUCUCUGGAUCAUGAUUCCUUCUGGACAGAUCCAAGUGACUUUAAGGAUAUAUUUGACUGGAAACAUUUCAUAGAUGCAUUAAAAGAUGAUGUUGAAAUUGUGGAGUCUCUGCCACCGAAAUAUGCAAGAGUCAAACCAUUUACAAUGGCACCUGUCUCAUGGUCUAAGGGUUCAUUUUACAGAGAUCUACACAAAAAGCUAAAGAAGCACAAGGUCAUCCGGUUCACCCACACUGAUUCUCGGCUUACAAACAAUCUUGCAGUUCCAUCAGUGCAGAAGUUAAGGUGCCGAGCUAACUACAAUGCACUUAGAUACACACGAGAGAUUGAGGAACUGGGGAAAACACUAGUUGAUAGAUUGAGAAAUGAUAGCGGUUAUUAUAUUGCUCUUCAUCUGAGAUAUGAGAAGGACAUGCUUGCAUUCACUGGUUGCAGCCACAACUUGACAGCACAAGAAGCAGAGGAACUGAGGGUGAUGAGGUACAAUGUGAAGCACUGGAAGGAGAAGGAGAUCAACAGCUCAGAGAGGCGUCUGGAAGGAGGGUGCCCAAUGACACCCAGAGAAGCAGCUGUGUUUCUCAAGGCUAUGGGUUACCCUUCAAAUUCAAACAUUUACAUAGUAGCUGGGGAGAUUUAUGGUGAGAAUAGCAUGGCUGCUCUCAAGUCAGACUACCCAAAUAUUCACACACAUACUAGUCUGGCCACACCAGAGGAACUGGAGCAUUUUGAAAUGUACCAGAACCGUUUGGCUGCGCUUGACUACAUUGUGGCCCUCAAAAGUGAUGUUUUUGUUUACACCUAUGAUGGUAAUAUGGCCAAAGCAGUGCAUGGUCACAGGAGGUUUGAAGGAUUCCUCAAGACCAUCAACCCUGAUAGGCAAAAUUUUGUGAAGCUGAUUGAUGAGUUAGAUGCGGGUGCACUAACUUGGAUGGAAUUUAAAGACAAGGUGAACAAGAAUCAUAGCCAACGACUUGGUGGUCCAUAUUUGAGAAAAGCUGGAGUUUUGCCUAAACUAGAAGAGAACUUUUAUGCCAAUCCUCUUCCUGGCUGCUUAUGUGAACAAAGAAAAAAAAACUUGAAAGUGGCCAGCGAACGGUGAACGAAUAUAAAUAUAUAUAUAUAUU